GAUACUUCCGGAUGCCAUUGGAAACUGUUCCUGCUUUCCAAACAAUUUCCCUGUCUCUCUAAUGCACCAGCUGAAGUCAAACCGGCCACAACAUGCAAAGAUCAUCUGAUGAGUUGGAGAUGGAGACAAUAGCAGAGAAGUUGAACUACUUGUCAAUCAGGAGACAGCAACUACAUGACCGAUACAUUAUUCUGACCAUGUUGAGAGAUUUUAGACAUCAAACAGACCCAGGGAUGACAGACAUGAGGGGGGAAGCAGAAAUCGAGGCCAUUCAAAAGGAAUUGGAUAUUCUAUCUGUGAAGAAGAAAGACCUUUUGGAAAAACAAGAAAGGCCUAAUCUAACACAGCAAAGGACAGGUUCAUCCCAUGACAUCAGUCACUCGCCAGACCCCAUGAAAACUGCAAAAGAAGAUUUUGGAAUAUGUUAUAUAGAGACCCCACCUGAUGUCCCGGCCCCCAAAGUCAUCACGGAUGUAGAAGAACUACCUCCAUACCCUGCUAAAACACAGUGUCCAUACUGCCACGCAUUUGUGACCACAGAAAUCACCCAUACAGUGGGUCCUGUUGUUUGGCUGGUGUGUGCAAUGAGUUUUCUGGUUGGUUGUGUGGCCGGGUGCUGUCUACUUCCUUUUUGCAUCAACAAUUUUAAAGAUGUGAAUCACAAGUGUCCAAAGUGCCGUAGUUUCAUUCACACUGUGAAAAAAUUAUGAGGCAUCGAGGCCCAACCAAGAGCCACAUGGAACAUUUCUCUGAAGGAACUGAUAUGGAUGAGAGUGCUGCUCUUACACAACCCUAAAAGAAGGCAAGGGUUGACAGGAUAUCUGAAGUGAAAAGGAGCAGGUCAUUCUGUCUUCUGUCCUAAUCUCAAAGAGGGACUGGAAACCUUAUUCUGAUGGAGCUUGAUAAUUCACUUACCAGCAGGAGUUGGCUGGUAUAGAAGCCUUUAAUGGCUGACCUGCAGAAUGGCUGUGUGGUUAUGAAAAGAUUCAUUGUUGCCUCUGAAAGUGUUUAACAAUAAGAGUUUUGUCUGCAAAAUCUUAAUCAAGAUUAUAAAACCUACAAUAUUCCUCUUAGUCAGUUGUGCAUGUGCCUGCCUACAUGAAUCUAUAUCAUACAGU